CACAGAUUCGGUACUUUGGGUGCAGACAAACAUGGCCGCAUGAUUGUCUGAAAUUUUCUUUAAUGUUUGCCAAAUGAAUUAAGGUUUAAGAACAAAUUAUACAUAGCCAAUUUUCCAUUAGUCAUCAAACCAAAUUACUCUUCAAACUUAAAAAGUAACAAUCAAGAUGCAACACAACAUGAACUCAUAUCCAAUUCAACAUAAUCAAGGCAUGCCACAACAAAUGCCACAACAAAUGCCACAACAAAUGCCACAAAGACAACAACAAAACAUUAUAAUUUCAGGAAGUCAAAGAAACAAAGGAGGCAUGAUAGGACCUGGCAUGACACAACAGACACCAACCAUUCUACAGCACAACCCAGGACUGAACCAGCCAACGAUCCUCCAACAGAACCCUGCUGCUCAGUAUUCUACUUCACUUCCUCCCACAUCUGUCAUGCCUCCUUAUCAGACAACACAACAUAAUACAGUACCACAGAAACCUACUCCCCCUCCAGUUUCACAGCCUAACCAGAAUGGAAUCAUCCAUCUGAAAGGUGGUGCUGCUGUUGCUGCACAGAAUGGAACAACCCUACCUAGUGGUGAGCAGCAACAACAGAACCUAGAGGACGAAGAGGGAAAGGAGGACAUACAGACAGAAUCAUCAGAGACAGAAUCAUUGGCAAACACAAAAGAGAAAACCCCGAUGUGUCUCAUCAAUGAAUUGGCCCGAUAUAACAAGAUCUCCCACCAGUACACCCUGGAUGAUGAACAAGGACCAGCUCAUAAGAAGACCUUCUAUGUAACACUCAAACUAGGAGACAAUGAAACCUAUGCAGAAAAUGGACCUAGCAUUAAAAAGGCCCAGCAUUCAGCUGCUGCUGUGGCCCUAGAGAAGACCUCUUAUACUCAUCCUCCACCCAAACCACCUAAAAAUAGAACGACUCAUGAACCUGGUACUAUUACUCCAACAGUUGAGCUGAAUGCCUUGGCAAUGAAGCGUGGAGAGCAGACCUUCUAUAAACCACUCGACACUAGAUAUCCUCACUAUCCACAACAGAAUUACAACUACAGAGGUGUAUACAAUCAUAGAUAUCAUUAUCCCAGAAUGCCAAGAGUUUUCUAUGUUUCAUUGAAAUGUGGCCAGCGUGAGUUUAUAGGUGAAGGACAUAAUAGACAGGAAGCCAGGAAUGACGCUGCCACCAAAGCUCUCAACAUUCUGAAGAAACUACCUGUUCCUAAUGACGAUCCAAAGAAAUCAGAUACACAGACACCUGAGCAACAAGAACCCAAUGAGAAAGACCUACUGAAGUCGGAGAUUAGUCUUGUUCAUGAAAUAGCUCUGAGGAGAAAUCUUAAUGUCAUCUUUGAUGUCAUAAGGGAAUCUGGACCACCACACAUGAAAAGUUUUGUAACAAAAUGUCGAGUUGGAGAAUUCGAAACAGAGGCUGAGGGUAACAGUAAAAAAGUAUCAAAAAAGAAAGCUGCUGAACUAAUGCUUGACAAACUGAAGGAGUUGUCUCCCCUACCACCGAUGGCACAGCGACCAAAGAACAAACAAAAUCAGAACAAGAAGAAAUCGAAAAACAUAAUCAAGGUUCAAAAUCAAAUGCAGAAGACUGACCCUAACUAUGGAGUGGGAAUAAACCCAAUCAGUAGACUGAUACAGAUUCAACAGGCAGAACAGAAAAAGGAACCAGUCUUCACGUUAAUCACAGAGAGAAGUCUUCUUAGGAGAAGGGAAUUUGUUAUGCAGGUACAAAUAGAGGACAAGACCUGUACUGGUGUGGGACCCAAUAAAAAGUUAGCCAAGCGACAUGCUGCCGAACAGAUGCUCACGUUGCUUGGUUACAACAAGCCAUCGCCACAACCGACCAAACCUGCCAUUAAAACAGCUACAACACCCGAGCAAACAACAGGAUCCGCAGAAAAGAAAGUCACCUUCCAAGAAAAACCAGAGACUGCAACUCCAGGUAAGACUGCAACUCUAGUAAGCAGUGCUGGUCCUGGAGAAAUAGCUAAUGGUAAAAGUGGCCGACAGUUGAUGCCAGGGCUAUUACUACUGAGAGACUCUAAUUAUACGUCUGGAACUCAAAAUAUGUAUCAAGCUCAGCCACCAAUGACAGAACCUUUAGUAUUUGGUGCGGGACACAUGAGACCAGAAUUACAACUGAGAGAUAUUGCUACUAAAAGUAAACUAGAAAUCAAAUUUGAUGAGUUUGCAGGCAAGAACACUGAGAUUUUAUGUCGAGUGACUUUACUUACCAAUCCUCAUCAAAUGUUCCACGGUACUGGUCCAAACUCAGACUAUGCUAAUGUAGUUCAUGUUUUUUCAGAACACAGAGAUUUUAUAUCGAGUGACUUUACUUACCAAUCCUCAUCAAAUGUUCCACGUUCAUGUUUUUUUCAGAACACUGAGAUUUUAUGUCGAGUGACUUUACUUACCAAUCCUCAUCAAAUGUUCCACGGUACUGGUCCAAACUCAGACUAUGCUAAGGAUGCAGCAGCUCUGGAGGCUCUCAAGUUCUUGGCCGAGCUUGGCAGGGAAGAAAUUAAAAUGACGGGAGACGGCCCACAUAUGAAGACCAGUGAUCAACUUGCCAACUCUACACUUAGUGGUGCCCCUGGUCGGGUCGGACAGAUGUAGACACUCUACACUUAGUGGUGCCCCUGGUCGGGUCGGACAGAUGUAGACACAUUGAUGAACUUUGACCUACCCAAUUUGAAGAAGAACAAAGCUUAUUUUAAUCUUCACAAUUUGUUCAAGAUUGAUGUUUUACUGCUUUAUUAUUGACUUUGAAAUAAGACUGCAAAUGAUUGUUGAAUUACUGGUAACCUGUUAGUGGAAUUUUACAUGUUGGAACCAGUUGUUGCAUAAGAGAGCAUUUUCUUUUUUUCUUUUUCUCUUUGUACCUUUUUAUCAUACCAUUUACAGCCUGAGCAUUUAUGGAUACUUUUAAGUUAAUUAUGUGCAAAAACUGGUCCCAAACGUUAUCUUUUUUCUACUGUUUACAGGAGGUUGGCAUGGUUUAAGGGAGACAACUCUUUACAUCAGUGAUGAGUUUGUGGUAGGCAGUUUGGACAAUGGUAUUUUAAGCUUUCAUAUGAUACAGAAUAAGAAUAAUCUGUAUUACAUAUAAGCUUAAAAUAUAUGUAUGGAAAUCCAAUGCUACAAGCGUAAUAGAGAUUUUAGAGAGUUGUGUCCCUUAUAAACCUAGGUCGACCUAAAAUAUUAAUUUGAUUUGUUGACAAAGAAGUCUAACAUUAUGAUCAAUAGCUUUCCCUGUCAGUUAUGAGUUUAUUUAUUACAGGAAAGGUAUUUAUUGGUUUAAAUCUUUUAAAUAAAUUGAAACAGAAAUUCAAAUAUUUUGGGUAACUCUUGAAAUUGUUGUGAUGAAUAUUUUCUUCAAAGUUUGGGUGGGAACUCUUGAAUGAAUACAUGUGAAGACAACAAUGUUUUAUGUAACUAGGCAACAAGUCCAGUAACUCUUGUAGUUUAAAUGUCCUUCUAUGGGUUGUUAUUAAAUGAAAGUAUUUUGGGAGUUGUAAUUUUUACAGUUGAAUAUCUUUCUUAAGGAAGUCCAUUUUUAUUAGAAGUGGAUUUUUUUAGGAGGUUUAUUUAAUUACGAGAAUGCUUCUGAAAUUUAAGGAAUACAUUUUUGAUUUUAUGUGGAAUGGUAACGUUCAAAUUCUUGUGUAAUCUAAAAUAAAUUGUUAUAUAUUUAAAACACACUGAUUUAUUUUGUUUGCAAUUUAAAUUUUAUGUGUUUUUCAAUUAGAAAGGGGAGCAUAAAAUAAGAUAUGUGUAUAUAUGGACUUUCUCAAAACUGUAUUCCAGCCUUAAGAGGGCUCUAGUACUCCUUUAUAAACGUGAUGUGAGGAAAAAAUAAUAAGUCAUUUCAAAAAGUGUACUUUUAGUAGUUAUGGGAGGUUUAAAUUGAAUUAAAAAAAAACACUUUUUUUACUUUUGUUUUUUUUAAAUAAAGACAAACUGUAAAUCAAUGAAAUAUUUAAAUAGAAAAUUUCAUUUUGCAGAAAAAUUCAAGAUGAAUGCUGGAAAAAGUAUAAAAUGUAUAGAAAAGAAUUUUGAUAAUGUAAUAUUUAAUGAAUUAAAGGAUAAAUUUAUUACAUAUUCCAGAAUGUUUUUUUGUAUUUUUUGCUCAUGACUUAGCAUUCUUAGUACACUUGUAGCAAAAAAAAUAUGUAUUCAUGUCUUUGUGAUUUUUUUCUUUACAUCAACUUUAAAAUGUUGUCUUCAUGUAUAAUCAUAAUAUAUCUUUUUAGUAUAAACUGUAUGGCAAAUGGGAGACAUCUUCAAAUAAACAAUAACAGCUGUUUUAUCCAAACUUACAUGGCACCCAAGGAAGGCACUUCGAAAUUUACGGAUGGGCUUUUAUGUUUUGUGAAAGUGUAGACCAAAUUAUAAAUUUGCCUCUAUAUUUGGUUACUCCUAUUUCAAAGUGCCUUCUUUAUGUGCCAUGUUUGUUUAGGUAGAACGGCCCAUACAGUUUUUUGCUGAAGUGACAUUUUCAAAUCAGUAAAAAACAAAAUUAUGCCAUCUUUUCAAUACAAUCAUACAUUGAAAUUUAAAAAAAAAAAUAGAAUUGUAAAAUAUUUUUGAAGUUCCAAGUAAUUCUCCUUUUAUAUCUGAUUGUUUUAGUAACAUAACAUCUAAAGGAAUUAACUCUUUAUCUCUAGUUUGAAAAUCGUGAAUAUUUUACUGUUCAAAAAUGUUAUUGUUUUAUAAUUUGAAGUAUGUCUCCAUAUAGUUUGUCAGUUAUUUUGUUGCAUUUUUAUGAGUAAAUCCAACCAUGUCAAAAUUACUAUUAAUUUAUUAGUCAAAUGAUAUCUUGGAAUAAGAUUGUAGGAAUACACUUUAUAUUGGAACAUUUUAUACACUUGAAAAAUAAUCAAAAGCAUUAGUGACGUUCAGCACAUUUAUACACAUAUUCCUAUUUAUAGAAACCAUGUGAUAUUUGGUAUAUCUUUCUCACAUGAUCACUUUUACUACUCUAAGAAAUCAUUUGAUUUUAAGUAUUUCCAUGUCACAUGAUCAUUAUUCCUAUUUUUAGAAAUCAUUUGAUCUUAGAUAUUUCCUUGUCACAUGACCAUUUGUUGACAUAUGUUUAGUUAUCAUUGUUCUUAUUUAAAUCAUUUGAGAAGGAAAUAAUCAUACAUUACAAACCAACUUAUUCACCACUUCUUGUUCCUGUUUAUUGAAAGACUGUAUGACCGACAAGAGGCUGUCAAUUAUAUAGUUUGUUAAAGAGUUAUCACCCUUGUCAAUCAUACAAUGUUUAUGUUAAACAGGGUCAAGUCACACCACUUCUGCAUGUAUUGACAUGUUUAAAUUUAUAUGGCUGUGAACAAAUUUAACUUUGAAUUGAAUUCUUUUGUUGAAAAGUUGGUUUGUUAAUUUAGAUAAAUUUGGGGUAGGGGAAACAUGGUUUGAUUUUCUCAUUCAGGGCUAUUCCAUUAAAAUGUGGGUGGGAGGGUAGGAAGGAACUUUAAUGAUUGAAUGUGGGUCAUGGGUAUUUUUUCAGUAUGAGUCUUUAACCAUUAUACAAAAUUAUCUAAAACAUUGUUCUUGGUUGAAGGAAUAUUUUUGAAAGUCCCUUCCUACCCUCCCGCAUACAUUUUAUUUGAAUAGUCCUAAGUGGGUUUUUGUAUUGUAACUUAAUUAUUAGGUUUUUUAAAACUUGCAAUGAAAGAACCCACUGCUACUAAUCUUAUUUGUCAAAAUAAAAAAAAUAAAUAAAAAAAACAUAAAAAAGUGAAA